AUGGAAGAAGACCGAGCUGUGACAACCCCAGAACAGGCUUCGCCCGGAGAACCCGCUCUGAUGGCCUUGUUCGAGUAUCCGGUCUGUUAUGACUACAUGACACCCCCUACUUUCCAAUGUCCAGCGGGACAUACAGUUUGUUCCCGUUGUAAAACCCAAGUCCGACAAUGCCCAGUCUGUCGGGGAGAAUUAAGAAAUUUUCGAAAUUUAACAUUACAGAAAUUAGCCAAAAUUAUAGCUUUGUCAUGUAUCUAUAAAGAAAACGGAUGCCCAGAAAAGAGACUUCUUAAGGACCGAAAGGUUCACGAAUUGCAUUGUUCUUUUCGAACAUGUUCUUGCCCCUCCUUGGACAAGACCUGUGCCUGGGAAGGAGUGUAUCAGCAAAUAAUCCCGCAUCUGACCGAGAACCAUUCUUACAUCCAUCAUUUGAAUCAUGACUCAGUUCGGAUGUCUAUCAUAGGGAUAGAUGUGGCCCUACCUCUCACGUGGAUAACGUGUCUCCACUGCUACCGGCGAGAUUUUAUCAUCCAAAUCAUUAAGACGGAAAUCAUCGAUGAAAACUCUCCCCUCCUUAUCAUUGUGCAAAACGUAGGAACUCGUAGAGAAUCGAGACGCUUCCGAGGGAGAAUGGACGUUCACGGAAGAGGCAAAGUAAUACAGUAG